AUUUUUUUGUAACAACUAUUUGAAAAUAUUGGGAAACAAAGUUGCGAGGAUCAUGUGAAGUGCUAUCGAAUUCGAAGGUCCGGUAAUCGCAACAGCACUUUCACUCCCGUAUAUAUCUCCGGCUCCAAAACAAUGGGCGACCCACCCUCACCCCUUCUCUCUGUCAACCCAGAGACCUUUAUCCGCCAUUGGUCAUCGAUCGAGGUACUAACACCAUCGACGUUUCAUCUUUUUUACAGCCCCCGAUUCAUCCAUUUCAAUACUCUUUCGUAUAUCAUUCAAUCAUUCGUAAAAUUGACCAACAUAAAACAAUUCUGACAAUCCCCUUUUCAUAAAUUCCUAAGACCCUCUCAUCCAAUCAUUUAUAUUAUAACCAGAGGAGGGGUUCUUGCUCUUUAGAUUUUCUUUUGGUUCACAAAACCCAUUUAUUGAGCUUUGAAACCGCAUAUACGGAAGAAUCAUGCUGGGUUCGAAUCAUACUUCCCAAGGUUUAAACAUUAUCGCCGAUUAUCCUGGUUUAAGUACCGAAAUCCGAUGGUUGAUAUCGGCUUUUGGAGGCAUCAUCAUGUGUAAACUUGCUUAUGAAUUUACCGGAAUAUUUACACCCUUUGUCUUCAGAGGUUUUAUCAAGCUCAACAACGCACAAAAACUUGAAUGGAAAAACCGGGGUUUCUCAACCUUCCAUGCACUUUUUGUGGCCAUUGGUUCUGUUUACCUUUUACUUGUUUCAGAUCUUUUUAAUGAGGAGUUCUUCAUCAAGAGAAGGUCUACCUUAUCAGACACCAUACUCGGUAUGUCUUGCGGUUAUUUUUUGUCAGACGUGGCCAUGAUUAUUUGGGCAUAUCCAACUUUAGGUGGUCUUGAAUAUGUGUUGCACCAUGGGCUCUCAUUGUAUUCAAUCAUGCAAUCUGUUUUAACGGGUGAAGCCGAGUUUUACAUCUUCAUGGUUCUUUUCACAGAAAUUACAACGCCCUUUGUGAACUUAAGAUGGCAUCUUGAUGUUGCGGGCAUGAAGUCUUCAAAGCUUUACUUGUGGAACGGUAUUGCAAUGUUCGUAGGGUGGUUGGUUGCAAGAAUCGUGUUGUUUGUCUUCUUUUUCUACCACAUCUACAACCACAUUGAUCAGGUGAGGCAAAUUAAAAACGCGGCGUUUUACAGCUUGCAUACGAUCCCACCGGUGUUGGCUGUGAUGAAUUUGUUCUGGUUCUUUAAAAUUGCGAAAGGGAUGAUAAGAACUCUCAGGAAGAAGAAGACUCAAUAGUCCCAUAGUUACACCAGCUAAAAAGAAAGGGUAAUUAUGUAAUUAGACAUCUUGUGAAUUCAAAUCCUGUACAGUUCUAUUUGUGUUAUCGGUGCAUUAUAAAUGUUGCAAUGUUUAUUUAAAAAAAAAAAAAAAAAAAAA